UUAAAAUAAAAGUUAUAACUAGAGACUGGGGGUGGAGUUGUUGCAGAAGAGCCAUUUGGCCCUGAACUCACUCCCACAAACAACCUCAGGGAUGGACUUUGAAUUGUUAUUUCCAAAUGAGGUUAUUGGCCAACUACAGAGCUACUCCUGUCGGACUGGGGAGAUGAUGUUCCCUGUAGAACUUUGAGCUUGUGUCUUAUUCCCCUAGUAUGUAGACUAGCCCUUGGUUUCUUGUGAUAAGGGAGGAUAUUGUUGUGUAUAUUAAAGCCAUUACUUUGCUAAAUGUUUUGUUUAAAAUAUCACAAUUUUGAUAACCCUAUUUUGGCAUUUUUUCAUUAAAAAAAAAAUGUGUUAGAUGCCUCUGGGUGAAAUAAUGGAGUGGCCCAGGCCCAUUUCCACCCCCAGAGGCCCUAUAUGUCACUUGGGAUUGUGGCCCAGGAUGUCAGUUACCUGUACGUAAGGAGAGCCUGGCUCACCCUUUCACCACCUGCACUGUGGCCAUUUAUGGGGGUGGGUGAGUGGUGGUGGCAAAUUGUGGGUUUACAGAUGCAUCACUAAGGCAAGAGGUAGCAGCCCCCAUCCUGGAAUGGCCCCAGAUAUGUGGGACCCAGUGACAUCUUCCGUCCUACCUGCUCUGCCCUCUCAGCCCUGAUCAUCUUGCCUCAAUUGUGACCUCAUGUUAUUCUAGAAUGAGCUUCUUGCUGGGUCCUUUUACCUUCUGUACCCUGCUCUGUAAUGGUGUUGAGGGGUGCAAGUGGGGAUGGAAUACGCUGGACUGGCAGCAGGUGUGGGCCCUGGAUGGAGGGAGAUAAUGACGUCAGACGGCCAGGAAUGGAGGCCAGCCCAGACAAGAGGGCCCUUCAGCCAUGGCCAAUCUGAUCCAGCAGCUUCUGCUCCCUGGGGGCCACUGGAUGGUAAGGGAAAUAAACCAAAGACUAGAAGACAAGAAGGACUGAGUCAUAAGGUAGUUCCAGUUCCAGUUUUUUGAGAUACCUACAUACUGAUUUCCACAGUGGCUGCACCAAUCUGCAAUCCGAUGUCGGAGGGGUGAUAGAUUAGGGCAAGGGGGCUGUCACUUUGUGAAGGGGUGUAAAUGUCUAUUACAUUGUUUUGUACACCUGAAACUAAUAAUAAUAAAAAAGAAGGACUGAAUUGCAGAAUGGGUCACAGAGGGCAGAAGGGACUCAGAGUUGGGGAAGCUGCCCUUCCACUGACCAUGGGGACAGUGUCAGGGUAGGAGACAGAACCUGGGCCUUAGGCAAUGUCUGCCAGGCUAGACAUGAGGGAUGCUGUGGCCUCUCCCCACCCCACCCCCCACCACCUUCCUCACAAUGGGGUUCAUUGCUGAGGUGGGAGGGGCAUCCUAGGGAGGGUGCCAGGGGAGACCUGCCUGCCAGACACUUUCAGGGAGCCUGCCCUUUUAAGCAUGAAACAUACCAUCUGGGCUCCCUACUUCCAGUGUGCUCCUAGCUCUGCCUGCCUGGUGUAGGGUCCUGGAGACCUUCUUGGAGCUCAUCCAGCAACCAUCAUGCAAGGUGGUGCUGGGCACCGCCCUCUUACUCGGAGGUGGAGGCCUCAUGCUGUGGAUUCAGAGGAGGAAGAGAAGGAUGCCAGUCUGUGGGUCUCCACAAGAUAAGCAUGAGCCACAAGGAUGCCACAACGCACAAAAUGAGAGCUGGAUCAAAUCUCACUUUAGCCGCCUUUCCGAAGAGAAGCUGGCCACCUGCAGCACGGCUGCUCCCCAGCCUGAGAGUGGCAGCGGAGAGGCCAGCACAACAAUUCACAUGGAGACCUUUACCACGAGGCAAGGAGAAGCGGGCACAGCUCUUCACCGGGAGUCCUUCACCAGCAAGCAGAAGAUGUCUGGGUCCUCAGUGGAGAAAGAGACCCACAAGGAGUCUGGAAAGUCCUCCUCCACCAAUGAAGCUACGUGGGCCGCCGUGGCUGCUUGUACCAAAGAGAUUGACACCAAGGGGCGGCAACUGGCUAACUCCAUGUUGCAGCGUGCCACGGUUUACCAGAACUCGGGCCACUUAGAGUCCAAGGACAUCAACCAGGAGGAACUGAAGGCCCUUGAGGAGGUGGAGAUGAAGCUGAAAAGCAAUUUCCUCACCCAGCGGGAAACCACUGUAGCUGGUGUGAACCACACACACACCUUCUAUGGACAUAGUCACCAUAGCCACCAGGGUUAUCCAAGCCAGUCGAGCUACCAGAGCCACAGCCUGCCUAACCGCAGCCACCAGACCUAUCACCCCUUCAAAGCCACCUAACCAUGGAUGGAAACACCCCUUCCCCCGACAGGGCUGGCACACAAUCACAGGCCUGUUUUACCUCCUAUGGGACAGACUGUGUGGCCAAGGGUAAGAUGCUGCCGCCCCAAUCCCUUCUUCCUCAGGCCCUUACAGGGGUCCUGGGCCUCUUAGACCCCAUGAGUGAGGUCUGUCACAGAGGAUGGCCCCUAGCGGAGGGAGAGUUGGGAGGAAACAAAGCAGCUGAGACAGACUCACAGGCUCCUGUAUGUCCACCGAGAGCAGACAGACAAGGCAGAUCUCAGGAGCAGCUGAGAGCCCCACACUGACGCCACAGGCCUGGAACUGAGCCAAUAAAGCUUUGUACACCCUCACUCUGAGUCUGGGGGCUCUGUGGCCAGCCUCAGGGCUGCGCAGGGAUGGGGGAAAGGAGGGUUCCUUCUCCCACAGUUCUCUUGGUGUGGGCCUUGGCCUGGGGCCUUUUCACUGGGCUGACUCGAGAUGCCAUAAAAGGGCUUCCCCUGGUCUCAGGUCUGGGGAUGGGAUAUCUCCAGGGGGCUUCACAUCCACCAACCUGCUGUUGUCAGGUGUGGGGACAGA